GAUUGUUGUGUUGUGUCCUGCAUGUGUGGAAAACACUCAGCAUUGGGAGCAAAUAAAAUCAAGAUUGUGUUACGUGAGCCCACCGGGUGGGAUAUUGCAAUCGCUGAGGCUUCAGCACGCCCCCUCUUCAAAGAUUCCGGAGGACAGCUCAUAAGAAUUAAUAAGGCUGGGAUAGUCGGCUGGGGCUAAGAAUCGAUGUCGUCGUAUGCUGACGAACCUCUUCCACCCGGCGUCAAUCCGGACGACAACAAAUCGGAUGAUGACAAUGAAUUGCUAUCAAUCCCUACGCCACCGUUGCCUCCUGGGGCGCCUCCACCCCCACCAAACGCUAUCCCGAAUUUCGCCGCAGCGGCCAUCAAACGCAGCGAUUCCCCCUACAGUAUAGGCGAUUCGCUAUCGGAGCCAGAAAGUGAUGACUGUGCACCACUGCGUGGAUUGGCCGAUGAUCUCUUACCACCAGGAGUUGAAAAGGGCGAUAAUAAGGAUAACCUACCGGCUGUAAAACCACUUCCGCCACCUCCAAAAUUUGUUCUUGACGAUGAACUUUGCAAGAAGCUUGCCCAGCGGAAGGUAAAAUGUUAUUUCAUUGAGACGAUGGUUAACAUGGGGUUGCCCAAAGAAGCUUUCGAAGCAUUGGCUGCCAACCCGCACCCGAACCUACUGUGUAGAGAGAUGGUAAAACGCCGUCUGUGGCCUCCGCCGCCACCAGGCGCAAUGGAUGACUUACCUCAUCUCGAACUGUUCGACGACCCAGAAGGUCCUGUAUUUCCGGAAGGUUUGCACACUCUAAUUAAACGACUAACGCCAUUACACGAUGAGGAGGGCACUCCGCUAGCCCGAUUGCCGCCUGGUAGUGUCCCGCUCAUCGAAAUGGCGAGUCGCAUCUAUGGGGAAGCGUUGCAGCGAUGCCGCGAAUCAGCACAACCCAAAUAUCGGAUCCCUUCUCCGGAAUACGUUCCACUACCACCGCCAGUGGCGCGGCCAGAGACUCCCCCGCUACCGCCCACUCCUCAGCCAGUGCCGGAAUCAAAGAAACGUGUUAAAAAACUUCUUGAGCAGAAACUAGCGGCUCGAAAAGCCCAGAUUGAAUUGAACCAGAACAGCAAAACAUUCAACUUUAGUCACCUUGUCAACAUGAGGAACGCAUUACGUAGAGAAGAAAAAGAAGAACUGGCGUUACCUCGUGAUGAUGACAAUUCAACGGGCGCAACGAUGGCGAGCAUUUUGAACGAUGACAGCUCACAAGAAGACAGCGACGUUUCUUCAAAUUUGCCCACACGGAGUAGUCCGACUAUUGGAAUAGAAGAAGGAGAGAUUUUAACCUCGGCAAAAACAACCCGAAGCAUCAAAUUGCGUGGCGCAACCUUGAAGGUGGCUCAACAAACAGCAGCAUCGCCCGUGAGGCCCGUUGUUGUAGCUAAGCGGGCUCUGUCUCCCGAUAACGAAGCAAAUAGCAGUGUUGCCAAACGGAAAGAACGCCGCCGACGCUGGGAUGUUUUGCCUAACGGGGUCAAGCUCGACGCGGCUGAUGAGGUUGAAGAAAGCAUUAAUCUUAAAGAAAACCGGUCAAACGCCGUCAAGCUCGAAACCCUUAAAGGGCGUACGUCAGGCAAAACAGAAAAAGAGCAAGACGCGGAUAGCAAUAUAGUAAAGGCUGGCAAAAGUACGAAUCGAAAGGACGCGCUUCGAAAAUUGUCAUUCGGCACAGAAGAGGAGGACCUAGAGAAGCGCCGUGAAGAGGAAAAGAAGUUGGCCGAAGAGCGGCGUAUGAAAGAGCUCGAGGACGAGGCCAUCAGACAGCAGAUCGAAGCCGAUUUGAAAGCCAAAGAAGUUGAGGAGCGCCAAAGGCGAAAGCGAGAACAACAGGAAGCCGACCGGAAGCGACUUGAGGAACUGGAAGCGAAGAGACGCGCUCGGGAAGCCGAACACAAAACGAAGAAGGAUUCUAAGUUUAAUCAGAAUGAUCGAAUGCAUAAAGCACCAUGCAAAGUGGAUUCGAAGGAGCGAUCCGAUAAUAAUAAUAGAAAAGAAGAUAAGAAACCUAAGGAUCCAGAACUUGAAGCAAAUGAUGCCUUCGAUAACCGAAAAGAAACCAAAUUACGAGGAGAGCGGAAUAGCGACACCGUAGAACCUGCCAGCAAAGAGAAGGAUACUAAGAAACGGACUGACAAAAACAAAACUGAUUCAAAGAAUCGAGAAAGUGAAGACUCAAAUACACAGACAGCUAAGAGGCAUGAUGACAAAAAACGAAGUCAAGGAAUAACAGAGAGCUCGAUGGAGCGCGAAGCUAACGAUCGAGGACGUUCAUCUGUCGUAGUCAAAUCAGAGGCAAUGGAUAAAUCUCUCACGGAGAACAAAACAAUAAAGACUGAAGUUGGUGAUGAUGGCGAUAAGGAGACUGAUAAACCUAACGAUAAGCCCACAGGAAUGAAUCCUAAACUACAGGAGUUGGCCAAGGCAAUGCAAGUAGCUGUCGGACCUGUGGCAGUAGCACAAGAGCGCCUACUUGAGAUGGUCCUAAAAACUCUGCUCAAGGAGAUACAAGCACCGCAGGUCAGCGGCGAAUUGGAAGCUGUGGCGGCAACAUCGGGAACUACUGCAGGGCAGGCGACCAGUACAUUAAUUCCAAUAUCGACCGAACAGCAAGUCAUUAAUAACUUGCCUGCAACUUCUGCUCAGACCUCUACGGAUGCUGAGCUAAGUACUAAGUCAAAGACCAUGGCGUCGCCUAAACCUGAUCAGGGAAAAUCAAUUGAAUUGGAUAAGAUGAAAUCCGGAAAUGAUCUUUCACCAGAAAAAGGGAUCAAACAAGAAUGUGCUAUCCCCGUUGACGACAUUUGCUCUAGGUCCGGGAAAUCGGUAGAUGGAAAUGUACAAGCUACAAGCGGCAAUGAAAAGAGUGGCGGAUCGAAAAAAAAGGAUGAAGCCAAGAAGAAAAAGAAAAAAGACAAGAAAAGUCGGAACCGGCGGCUCCGAGAAUCAACUGAAGAGACAACAGAUCAACAACAGCGUGUGGUUAAAGCAGAGGCCGCGUUCUUCGCAGGCGACGAGGUAGAGACAGUCGUCGAUCGCACCUUUAAACGUCAUCUGCGCUUCCCCAUUUUCGGUAUUCGUUGUACAAACACUGAACCACCUCUAAGGUUUUCAGCAAAUUUAGCCCACCAAAAGGAUCUUAUUGCAUUGGUUGAUCGGGUGCGGCCAGUGGAGAGCAUCGUCUCAAGACGAAGUGUUGAAUCGAUAAAAACACUAGAGCAUAUAGUAGCUAUGGAGGAUGAUAAGCUCUCUCCAACAUUGGAUAAAUUGGAAGAAGAAGAAAUGGCUCGGCAGGGAGAUGUGGAUGAAGCUGAAUUUUUGGGAGAUGAGCUAUUGGCGACAGGGGUGCUGGGAAUGGCCGUCCUUGAAGGUGACCAUGAAGAUCAUUUAACAAAACCAGUGAAUAACAAAAAUCUCAUUGAAAUAACUCCUACAGCUAGCCAUUCUGAAAGUGAUGGUGCUACCUACACAGGCAAUCUUCUCGAAGUACCCAUAGUCUGUGCUGCAGAAUCAACAUCGUCGCCUAGUAGCGCUGGCCAAUCAUCGGCUGUGUCACAGCAAGAUUCUCCCGAAUCGACGACGGGCCCGCCAAAGUCUAACACGGGCCUGCCCGCCAAACCAAAGGCGGCACGUGCUAAGUCCGUGUCAUUCUUCGAUGGGACAGUGCCAGAAAAGGAUCCGCAGGUUCGGUCGCCACCUCCGCCUUCACCGUCGCUCACUGAACGUCGUAGAAACCGACAGGGCCAAAAAGUGCCUCUGCUACCACCUGCUACCUUAGUUCUAGCGGCUCAGGGUCGUAAGCGUCCAGGAAGUCCUCCGCCGGCUCCAACCCCUCCACCUCCACCUGGCCGACCGAGCAUACUUUAUAUAGAGAACCCUAUUACGCACCAACUGUAUGAAGUAAUACAUCCUGGUAAUGGCUUAGUCAUGACACCUGGUGGUCUAGCAGACGUUCGCGCGGAUCCUGCCAACCACAAGUACAUCUAUGCGGAAGUAGAAGGCGCUGAAGCAGCUGGACCUGUUCUUGUCGAAAACUUCAUGCCAAGGGUCCACCUGUUUCCGUAUCUUGUACAAGCUAUGGCUAACACAGGAACCCUACUAUAAAGACAUCUGUGAAGUAACGCGGCAGAUCCAUGUCACACUUAUAAGAAAACAAAAGCGCAAACAGGAGAACCGCUUUUUGGUUUAACAGGCUUCGAGGGGGUGGAAGUUAGGUAACAACAAGCUUAGCUUUUCUUGUGUGACAGAUGAAACUAAACCUGUAUAUUUAUAGUGUAAUGAUAGUUACAUAGGAUAAUUAUUACUAGAUCGUGUGACUGAAUGAAUUUAAUGGACAGCGUAGUGGCUGCAUAUUUGAGAAAACGUGGGCAUGUUGCUAGAGGAAACGUUUGUGGAGAAUUUAUCACCCAUUGGUUUGAUUUAAUUUACUUUUACUUCAAUAUUUGACGCCUCACUAAUCAUGUUCGCUAUUGCAUCCUCUCAAUUCGGUUUUUCUCGACUCGCUUAAAACAAUCUUUUGAUAUUCAAAUAAUUUAUGUUGUGGAAGGUUUUGAAAAAAUGAUCUGAUGGUUUCGUAUAUAGUCAUUCACAUUCUACAUGUGAGGCUAAUAUGUUUGAACUAAAUUCAUUAUUUUAUUACCUGAUGUAGUACUGUUAAUAGUUGGCACAUGUAGGCGAUUUCAAUGUCCAAUUAACAGAAAUUUCAGGAAAGCCAUUAUUUGAAAAUUAUCCUACUUGUUCAUACUGCCAAUGACAGACCCAAUGAAGUCACUAGAAUUUGUAACGACGUUAAAAAAUGAAUGCUGCUGUACAGUCGAACUCCCCUGUUGCUAUAGUAAACAACUGUUGCGGGUUGAAAUUAAUAAAAUAUAUAAUAAAAUAGUGUAUGUAUAAAAUGUUGCAGAUGAUCUCAUGGAGUUAAGAAAGCUUCAUGCCGAAGCUCAAUUCAUUGCUAUGUAUAUAUUUCGACCAAACAAUAAGGUUUAGUAAUUUUUAUACGACUCUAUGAUUUAUUAUUUAAAUAAUAAAUUUGAUCUGCU